AUGGACUUGAAGGGCUGGGCUUCCGCUGUUGCGCAGCGCAGCAGCCAGCUAGCAAAGGAGGGCAUUCAAUAUGUAGAAAAGAAGAUAGAGCAGCAGCAACUGCAUCUACAGCAGCAGCUGCAGCAGCAAACCUCCUGGGGUGGAUCAAUUUUCCGCAAGGGCCCCUCUGGCGCCUCCCCAGAGGAGGACGGGUGUAUCGGUAUACCGUCCGUUGCUACAUAUUUUCUCCAAGCCUCAGACAGCCGCGGCUUUCCUCCAGCGGAUGCAACAGCUCAGGUGCAGCAGCACCAGCAGCAGGGGAUGCUCGACAAGAUGUACAGCAGGAGAUGGGAAACAGACACGGGCCCUAACUGUUUCGUUCUGCCUCCCGGCAUUUUCCCAGAAGAUGUAACUGUUGGCCUUUUCAAAUCUCUCCUAGCUCCCCAUGGGAGGAGCGUAGAGGGCCCCUCUCUGGGGGGCCCAUACCACCUGCGCUUUAGGGCCCCCUGCCCGGGGGCCCCCUCUGGGUUUGUGUGGAUUGACGAGCCUCCAGAGCAGCAGCCAGUGCCUACCUUCAGGAGUAGCGGCAGCGGUGGCAGCUGCAUAGUGUGUAAGGCCUUGCUGCUGCCUCCCGCUGUACAGCCCAAGCAAGCAGCAGCGGACCAGGCAUACGCCCCCGCUGCUGCAGCAGCUGUAGAGCGUGAAUCGCUUGCCUCUAACCCCACCUCGACAGCCGCUUUGCGAAGGCAGCAGCAGCAGCAAGGGGGGCAAGACGCUGCGAGAGGACGCUGCUCCAGCAGCGACACUGUGGAUCCUCGCGUUUCUUGGGCUCCCCCGACUGCCGAAAGCCUCCAAGCGGUUCGUCAGGAGUCUUUGUCUCGUUUGAUGGAGGAUAAUCCUCUUUUCGACCAGAAGAGUGGGGAUUCUUCCGGGGGGCUAGUCAUCGCUGCAGAGCCUUCUCAUCUCCACAGAGCCCACAGUGUACCCAACACCAAGCCUCACCCUGAGGCUUUGCAGCGUUGCCGCACUGCAGAGGAGCGGCCGUCUGUUGCUGCAGCACCGGUGUUAGACCGCGCGGACUUGAUUGCGAAUCGGGAAGCGAAGAAACAGCAGCGGAUGAUGGAGAAGCUCCAGGAAGUUGAACGGCGCAGAGCUCUCGAAGUGAAGCAGCAGCAAGACAGACUGGCGAUUCCUGAGGAGUUGAAGCAGGAGCUGGAUCGGUGGGCAAAGACUGCAGAUGGCGGAUUUAAGGAUGUUCGAACCCUCCUUAGCACCGUGCACUCAGUCUUGUGGGAGGGCGCUUCGUGGGAGCCUGUCUCGCUGAGCAGUCUGAUGCUGCAACCGAACCUCAAAAAGCACUUCCGCCGCGCGCUUCUGCUUGCUCAUCCGGACAAACAUCAGAACGCAACUCCGGAGAGACAUUACCGAGCGGAGCGCGUAUUCCAGGCUCUCAACGAAUCUUUCAAGUCUUUCGCUACCUGA